UAGAACUUUGAUAAAACAGCUUUAAUGAGGUGACUUUUCCUUAUAGAAACUCUGAUAAUGAUAAAUACCAGUAUUUCAAAUGACGCUGCUUUGCUUUGUUACGUGACACCUCAUUCCUGUACUGUCAGCUGUUCCUCAAAAGCCACACCCAUCUUUAAUACUUUAAAAGCACCAAAGGUUUCUAAAGGUGUUCCUUGCAGCUUUGAAGCUUAUCAAUGGCUUGUCCAGUUGUUAAAUACAUUGACAUUGUUUAAAUAAAGAAGAUAUUGUCAGGGAUAUUUUCUUUUCUCUCAAGCAUUCACACAUGGAUUACAGGCUGAUCCUCUUUGGGCUCACAGGGAUGCUGCUCAGUGUCGCCUGUGCCCAAAGCCGUCAGUACUACUUUGUGAACACAUCGCUGACAUGGACUAAUGCCCAGAGCAUCUGCAGACGUGACUACGCUGAUCUGGCCACCAUUGAAAACCCAGCUGAUGUUGAUGCUUUUCUAAGGACCACCUCAAACUAUGCAGGCAAGGCUUGGAUAGGUCUCUAUGAUGACCGUAUUAACAGCUGGAAAUGGUCCCUAAAUGACACCAGCUUCUAUGGUCCUGGAGAAUACACCUUUAGGAACUGGGAUAUUGGCCAGCCUGAUGAUCGUUCAGGACAGCAGCACUGUACUAGAAUCCUUGGAUCCAGCGAUAACCCUAUUGGCAGAUGGGAUGACUCUCAGUGCACGUUUGUGUCGCGGUUUGUGUGCUAUAAUGGUACAGUAGGUGGAUCACCAUCCUAUGUUCUCAGUAGCAUUUCACUAAACUGGACAGAUGCGCAGAUAUUCUGCAGGGCCAAUUAUGUUGAUCUGGCCAGGUAAUAAGAUGUUAUGUUUGAU